AUGUUUUACCUCAAACUAGUCACAUUGCUCUUGAUUCCCGAAAUCUGCACGGCGACUAUCGCUUAUCGUUUGGAGGCUUGGAAUGCAACGCUGCCGUUCGCGCACACUGAUGACUUACUGCUCGCGCAUAAAGCGUGUGAAAUCGCUACGAAAUAUGAUGCCUACAUCUACACAGUGUACACUGGCGCGCAGCAGGAUAACACCACAUACGAUUUGGAAUUGAAUUUAUUGAAAUGUCUGGCUGAGUUGCCCACACAUGUCACGCCGCUCAAGGCAUUGGCCAAAGAGCCACAACGACGCUACAACAGCUUCAGCGUCUUUAUGUUAUCCACGAGCGCUGUCGCGCAUACCGACUAUCUGGAGCGAAUUGUCAGCGCGUUGAAUGAGAAACAAAUGCGUAAACAUUUUCACAAAUACGUCUUCAUUUGGCGAAAUGCACAAAUCACACAAUUGCAUGGACUGCUCGCCGCCGUGUGGCAGCGUAAGAUACUAAACGCCGUUGUCAUAACCGAUGCGCAACACAUUUACACUUUCGAGCCAUACACCGCAACGGGUUUCGCGCUGAAACGCAUCACCGAUGGACAGUAUUUCUACGAUAAGCUGAGAAAUCUACACAAACACCAACUACGCAUCACAAUGUUUGAGGAUUCCUUGCGCGCCAUACCGCGUGAACGCGCCGCCGAUGGUUAUAACGGCGUAGAUGGUUUGCUCGCGAGCAAUAUUGUGUCGUAUCUCAAUGCGUCGGCGAAUUACACGCAACCCGCUGAUAACGAGAAUUAUGGCGUUUGCUUGCCGAACGGCUCGUUUACGGGCGUACUGCACGAGCUCAUUGUCGGCGCGGCCGAUGUGAGUUUCAAUGCGCGCUUUACGCUGCCUUGCGGUGCGGCGCAGGUGGAAGCGCUCUAUCCAUACUUUAAGCGCAAAUUGUAUUUGGUUGUGCCGGCGGCGGAAAUGCAGCCGGAGUAUUUGAUUUUCAUCAAAGCGUUCACGUGUACGCUUUGGCUGUUGUUGGCAUUGAAUUUCUUUGCGGUUACCGCCAUCUUUGCGUUGCUCAAACGCUAUGCGGAACAUUUGCCGCAUGCGGUGCGUAUGAAACAUGAUCGUUGGUAUGAGCUCAUCGAAAUGUUUCUGCAAACCCAAUUGGGCGAACCAGUGGCCGGGUUCUCGCGCAUCAGUUCGUUGCGUCAAUUUCUCAUCGCUUGGAUUUACUUCAGUUAUGUGGUGACCACAAUCUAUUUCGGCAAGUUGGAGAGCAGUUUUGUGCAUCCGAGUUACGAGGCGGAAUUGGACUCACUGGAUGAACUGGUGAAUUUGGAUGUGCCCAUCAUUGGCGUGCAUACGCUCUUCACAACGGUGCAGCCAGCGCUGAAAGCGGCACACUGGCGUGAGAUUGAAAAGCGCGCCGUGUCUUUGCCAUUGUACUUCUCCUCCUUCCUUUACGCGGUGCCGUUCGGUGUGCGCAAGAACUGGCGUGUUGCCUUUCUGUUGCGGGGUGAGGCGGCGAAAGAUUUCUUGAUAAAAACCUACGAUGUGCAGCGGCGACGUCCGCGAUUUCACGUGGUCAAGGAAUAUUUGCGUUCCAUGCCGCAGGAGUAUAUAUUGGCCAAAGGUUCGCCAUUUCGUUAUAAGUUUCAGUUAUUUCAAGCUGCCGUAUUUGAGAGCGGUCUCCUCGAGUACUGGAAUAGUAAUGCAUUGCGCUACUCGAGCCAACGUGAAUUUCACGAAGUUGAGGAGUUCUACGAGGAGUUACCGAACGACUUGGAUUUCGAUUUGAGCGAAAUAACGAGCAACGAUGGCGGCAAUGCGGAUCGUACUCGUAGACAUGUUGUGCUGAGCAUGCAUAUACUGCAGGGCGCAUUCUACUUGUGGGGUCUCGGUAUAUUGUUCAGCAUACUGGGUUUUGUUGUGGAAUAUGCCUACUGGUGGUAUAGAAAGAGAACGAUGAAGCAGUAG